GUUUUCUCAGGGCAUGUGCCUUCAUACUUACAUAGAAUAAAGUCUGGAGGUCACCAAUCGUCUCUGUCUCAGAGGACAGGGCAUAAGCCUCUGGUCAGCUGCGAAGGGUAAUGGGCACCAACAGCACCGAGGAGCCCAAAGGGGUCCCAAGGCUGCAGAUUGGCUGAAUCUGAGAGUUGAAGGCUCAGUAAUGGGGGUUGCUUGAGGAGAAGGCAUGUUCUUCCAGGUGCUUCCCCCUUCCCACCAUCAUCACCUCCGUCUUGCCUGGUCUCAGCAUUAGCCAAGUGCUCUGGGUCCUGCCCAGUGCUGAUCUCAGCCCACUGCUGGGAGAGCGGGCGACGGAAUUGUGUACCUUGGAGGCAAGGAGCCACAGGGCUGGGUAAUGCUGGCACUGCAGCCCGGGCUGGCUCACCAGCUUUCCGGAUGUCUUCACGCAGACAUGGGCUCUGGAGAGAACUGGGCAUUGCCUUAGCUUUCAAUUCACACUCCCACCUCCCGCGGAUUUGGCUAGCACUUGGUCAAACCCAUCAGCACCAUAACUCAGGGCUGUGCAUGGGCCAGCCAGCCCCAACGCUCACAGCCCCGUGCUGCUCUACCCAGCUUUGCUUGGCUUUCAGCUGUUCCUUUUCAGCAACCAGUCUCAGUGCCCAGUCCCUAUGGUGCUGGGGGAUGGAUGGAAUCAGUUUGCUCCCUGGUGCAGAGAGACCUGGAUCUCAGCCCCCGCUGGCUCACAGCUGGCCUGUGUGAGAAUCCCAAACAUGGGUAGGAUCCAGCCUUAUCUCUGAUGGCACCCGCAAGCAGCCAGCACGUGUGUACUCAGACUGCCUGCCAAGGAGAGCCCAAGUGGCUGGGAUCACUGGCCCAGGGAGAUUGGUGGUUGCUAUGGAGAGAAAGGCUGCUGAUUUGGGCGUUGGCACUGCUGUCUGCUCCAGAUAAGCAUGUUCUGGUGAAGUGCCCUGAAAGGGUGGGGUCUAGGCCACGGGAGCUGAAGGCAGUAGGUGAAAGGGACAGAUUCUCGGGACAGCUACAGCUCUGCCUGCCUCCUCCUCUAGGCCUCUCGUUUCUGUCUGCCUGCCUCCUUCUCUUCAUCGACAGUGUGUCAGACUCUCCUGUCUGUCUAAUCAUCACCAUGCACAUCCUUCUCUCCAGAGGGAGCAUCUGACCCACAGCCCAGCCUAGGAGCCCAAAGGGAUGUGGAAACACAGAAUCACUGGACUCUGUGGAUGACCAAGCCCUUCCCGCAGGCGACGGAAUGGAAAGGUUACAGAAGCAAUCUUUGACCUCCCCUGGGAGCGUCUGUUCCUCCCGCGGGUCCAGCGUCCCAGGAUCACCCUCCAGCAUUGUGCGGUCCCUGUCCCCCAAAUCCAUCUCUCCUCCUCCUUCUCCAGAAGUCAUCCGGGAUGGGAUGGAAAACAAGUCCCUCGGAAGUGCCUCCCAGGCAGCUAGUCGCCGGACCAGCAGCACAGCCUGGAGCGGAAUGCACCACUUCCACCGACCUGAUACCAACACCAUGGAUCUGAACAUAUACAAGAAGCCGCCAAUCUACAAGCAGAGAGAGCCCUCGACGGGAGCCCCACAGAGCAAGCACAUGAUAGAAGACCAGAUCAUUGAGUGCUCCAAGUUCCCAGCAGCCCAGGCCCCGGACCCCAACCAGCCAGCCAAGAUCGAGACAGAUUAUUGGCCCUGCCCUCCCUCCCUGGCAGUCGUAGAGAAGGAGUGGAGGCAGCGGAUGGCCUCCAAGAAAGGCAUGGAAGAAGAAGAGGAUCUCACGGAGGAAAUGACUAACCUGCGUGAACUACAGAAACAGGAGCUGAGUAAGGUCACCUCAAACCUCGGGAAGCUGAUCCUGAAGGAGGAGAUGGAGAAAUCUCUUCCCAUCCGGAGGAAAACCCGCUCGCUCCCAGACCGGACGCCCUUCCACACCACUCUGCCCCUGGGGAGUUCCAGAUCCUCCACCCUUCCUGGGAGAAGUACCCUCACCAGGCUGCAGUCAGCAGAGUUCAGCCCAGACAGCAGCGAGAAGGGGAGCCCAGACCUGCAGAAUGGCCAGCGGGGGAGGAUGGACAGAGGGAACUCCCUGCCCAGCAUGCUGGAGCAGAAGAUUUACCCCUAUGAGGUGCUGAAGGUGACGUACAGGGGUCGUGUGAAACUGCUUCCGGGAGUGGACAGAACAAGGCUAGAGAGGCACCUGUCCCCAGAGGAUUUCCUGCGUGUCUUCAAGAUGUCCCUGGAGGAGUUCAGCAAGCUGGCCCUGUGGAAGCGGAACGAGCUGAAGAAGAAAGCUUUACUGUUCUGAGCCGUGUGCCCGGCCUGAGCCAACCCUAGCCGUGAUCUCAGUUAGUGUCAAACACAAUCUCGCAUCACAGCUGCUUUAGGGCUACUGAGCCAGUUUUAACACCUGCCUCCCUUCCCCGAAGCCCCUCAGGCACGUUGAUCCCUCAUUCCCAGUUUUGCCUCUCCCUAGGGGAUAUCGGAGAGCCUCUCCCUGCCCAAACCUUCCCCCUCACAGGCCCGGGGGGGCUGCUGGCAACGCUGGUGGGCUGUUCAGUCUGGGUCAAACCUCUUUUAAUGGAGCCAGGGGAGGGAGAAUUGAACAAGUGGAGGGAGGAGCAAGCAGACCCUAGUCAGCCAAGGUCCCCGGGCUGGGUGAUGUGUAGGGGCUUCUCGGGGGCAGGGCAUCAGUGUCCCUCUUUGCCUGUUGGGGUCGCGGCUGGUUCAGCCAGGAUGGGAGCCAUAGCUACUGGAGGGGACUCUGGCAGGGGCCCUGGCUGGACAGAACAGGGACACAUCAUACUGUUCGGUUGCUGGACGCAUGUUGGUUUAGGUGUAAGGGAAGUCAGGGCUGCUUCUACCUUGCUGCUGGGCCCUGACUGGCUCCCCCACUUCAGGACCCUGCUCCCAGCCUUACUGCUCCUCUCGGGGCCAGCUUCCCACCCUGUCAACACUGGGUAGGGCACAUGUAUAUAUCUGAAUAGCUGUAACUCUGACGUGGGCCACAGGGGCUGCUGGGUGUCGCCAUGGCUGCGUUUCUGAGUGGCCGGUCACUAAUGGGGUUGCCAUUUGCCUAGAGUAGGCUCCAAAGAGCCAUGAUCUUCAUUAGCAGCCACUCCCCAUGGACCCACCUGCAGGCGGGGUCCCAUCCUCGUAAUCAAACGCCCUUCGUUGGAGCUGGGAGGGGGCACAAGAACCUCUCGCUGGAGAGAACUGGAGAAUCAGAACCAACCCUUCUGAGGUCAUCUCUGUCUCACUCUCGCUCGCUCCUGGCCUCCCCCUCCUCUCCUCACUCCCACCAUCCCUCCCCCUAAAUUCAAUCCCUAGGUGGACAUGACCGAGCACCUCCCAAGUUCUCAACCCAAGGGCCCAGGCUCUCAAACCACAGAGCUCCCCAUUAAGGCUACAGCCCCCACUCCCCACCCCUUGCAGCUGCCUCUGGGGGAGGGUUGCUCUUAGCUCGAUUGUUUCAUGGCUCAGUAGUUGAUGAUUUUGCUCCUGCCCCUUUGUGGAGCCUCAGUCAAAGCCCAGCGGCUGCCCCGCCAAGCCCAAGGCCUUUCCCCAGGUUUGGCAGAGGAGUUUGCCUGAGCAGUGAGAGACUCAGGGCUUGAGGCUGGAGGGGAGCCUAGAGGCAGCUCAUCACGUUCUCUCCAGCCUGGCAUGCGAUCUCUGGCAGCCAUCUCACUCUGUCCUCCUCAGGCCUCCCGGCUACGAUUUCCCUCUCCACGUGUACCCCGUGGGGUGCAAUAACCCUCUGCUGUGGAAACCACACCAUCAGUACACUGCCACAAACUGCAGGCUGUCCCCUGCUGACAAGCCAGGUGAGGUCCGAUUUUGGCUUCCCAGACGCAGUGUGUAACCAACCAGGGCUCAGACAAGCCAGCUCUCGCUAUGCCCAAGGAUGGAACUUCAUCAGGCAGUGACAGUAUUUUAGAGCCGGUGCGGGUGAGGGGAUGCCUGUGUCAAUGCUAGGUGAAGGAGCAGAGAGGAUGCCAAGGCAGAGGGCUCUGUGCAGCUGCCUCAGUAGCUAGGAAGCCAGGCCCUGUGCAGUGACCAGCAGAGACUGAUGUGGUGCCGAUCCCUUGUGGACCCCGGCCUCAUCGCCAGGCCCUGGAGUUUGGAAAUAAUCACCCAAGAUUGCUCUGCAUCCUGCACACAACCCCGCCCAAGCCCCGUUCCCCGCACGCUUCAGAGCUGCCUACAAGGAGCAGUGUGUCCUGGAAAGGGCAGGAAACUUACCAGUAUCCUGGGGGGUUGUUCCACGCUAUGCUUCUUGUUUGCCAGAGGACAAGCUCGGCUUCCAGCCCAGCUGCACUCCCCACCUUAGAGCCACCUCUGAGAUCUCUCAACCAAGCAAAGAGUAAACAGCCGGGAGACUCCCCCUUCCUGAUAGGGUAUUGAUCAAAGGGGAUCCAAUAAGCCUAUGUUUGGAUCAGCUGGCCUGUCUCGGGCAGACCCUUAUCCAGCAGAGCAGGAGCAUUAUAGAGAGGUGAGCCACGCUUUUCUCUGAAAUGUCAGCUGUUGGCAGGAUAUUGGCUUGGCAGCCCGCUCCUGCACAUGGACGUCUGUGGGAGCUCCCUAUGUGGGGCACAUGCAGGACAGUCUAGUGGUCUGAUCACCCAUCCCAUCUGGGCUAAUAGCACCUUACAUGCCUCCAGGAACAAACCCAAGGAGCUAACAAUUUCCUUUGCUUUGGGGUAUUUUUAAAAGUCAAAAUAACCAGCGGUCGAAUAGGGGAACUGGCCCCCCAUUAGCCAAACGAUUUCCUGGUCUGCUGCUCCUUUCAGUCCCCCUCCUGGGUCCUUUUUCUACUGUGCACCACAUCUGCUCCACAGCGCUGGCCUGAGAGCGCUUUCCCUUUUCAACCACUGCCCCACUACACUCUGUCGGGAUGUAAAGAAUGUAAUUUAUUGGGAAAUCCCUGGCCCAUUCUUGCCUUUCACUGCUACUUAUAUGACAUAUCUAUAAAUAUAUAUAUAUAAAUAUGGAUUUUUUUCUGAUUUGAAUACAGUGAUUCCCCUUUCUCUGUUUAUUUUUUGCUGGUGUCGGAGAUUCCACGUGAGAGUGAUUUUUUGCUUAUAAUUAAAGGUGAAAUGGCUUUAUUCAACA